UCGUAUAUCAGUAUCAAUCAAGAUUACACCAAUUGCCCGAUUUCGGAGAAUUUACGAUAUACUUUGGCAGCGGCAAAAACGUAGAGACACGACGCCGCUCACCAUGUCUUUCCGAAUCGCUGACAUACUGAAAGAAGACAAAGUCGAAAAAAGGGAAAACGCGAUACCGGACAGUACCAAAGACGAGAACCCGACCAUAAGCGCGGAAGAAAACUCGCCCGCAUUCGAAGGUAGCGCGGAAGACAUUUUCUCGGGCAGGGAUUGCAUCGCCUAUCCCUACUACGACGUGGCGCUGUCGAAGAACUCGAUGGACGGUUUGCUGAUACGAAGUAUCCACCACGGUAGUGCCGCCGGGAGUUUUUGCAACGCUGUGUUCCCCGUGUCCGAAAACGCGAUUUCACCCCACGCCUUCACGGAGCCCUUCCUGUACCCGGACAAGAUUUACCCCCACCCUUCAUACGGCUGCGCCCUCUUUCAAAAUUUCUCUGCCCACACGUACUACUCGAAACGGAGAAACCAGGUCCGGUUUUCCAACAGCCAGACGAAGGCGUUGGAGAACAAGUUCUCGUCUCAAAAGUAUCUCAGCCCCGACGACAGGAAAGUUUUGGCGCACGCGCUCAAACUCACGGACAGACAGGUGAAAACUUGGUUUCAAAAUCGCAGGGCCAAAUGGCGAAGGAACAACGGCUGUCCUAACAGCCUCGAUUAACCGAUCACCUAACCUCAAACGCCUUUGUAAAUAUGCAUAAGUUUAGAAAUAAAAC